GUCUUUCGCUUCAAAACGUAAGAAAUGUCAUUGAUAAAAAUCAUCAUAUUGUAGACGUCAACAACUUUACUAGAUCUAGAAUCUAGAUCUAAAUAUUAGAAUAAAUCUACCAUAUAUAUUGGUAAUAACCUUUUCUGGUAAUAAUAUUUCUACAGCAGGAUCGAAAACAGUCAUCAUUAGUUCAACAAAUUAUGGUCUUUUUUAUUAAACACAAAGAAUGGCCGAAGGUGGAGACUUAGUUGAUAAUGUUAGUCAGAAGCAAUCAAAUGAACUCAUAGUUCUGGCCGAAGGAGAUGAUCGCAUUGAGCAAGAGAAUGAGCUAUUUGCACUAGAAGCUAUUUUUGAAAAUGAAGAUUUAGAGAUUUGUAAACAUAAUAAUCCAAAUGGUCAUCCUCCAGGUGGCGUUUUCAACAUCCCAGUCUAUACACCUGAAAACUUUUGUGUCAAAAUAACUAAAGAUCUUCGAGCCAUCAGAAAAUUAUUUUUCUCUGCUGCUCGGGGUAGAGGUAAAAAUCAUCGUGCCAGAUUACUUUUACAGGAUGCAAGUAAAAAUGAUGAGAACAGGCCAGGUGCAGUGCCCACUCCCCAAGAGAAACUGUAUUCCAUCAAGAGGUUGCCUCCCAUCACACUGAACUUUUCUUACCCUCACAACUACCCCUCUGUUAGUCCUCCCAACUUCACACUUUCAUGUUGCUGGUUAGAGAAGAGAAAUCUGACAAGGCUUUGUGAGAAGUUGGAUGACAUUUGGAACAAACACAAAGGUUCUUCGGUGAUAGCAGAAUGGCAUGACUUUUUGUAUCACAAUGUUAUUGACUAUUUAGGUAUCAAGUCUCCAUAUGAACUUGGAAGAGUAUUAAUUCAUAUUUAUACACACCCAGCCAAAACAAAAUAUGGCAAGUCUGACAUUUUCACACCCAAACCAUUUGAUCAGCGAGGAGUUCAGACAUUUGGCAGCAUUGAGGAUGUCUUACCUGCUGUUCUAGAUUUCAAUCUGACUACAUGUGACGUCUGUAUGGAGGAGAAACCAGGAUCUGAGUUUCUUCGUCUAACAAACUGUGAUGAGCAUCACCAGUGUAAGAACUGUAGCAAAGGUUGGAUAGAGGCAUUGAUCAAAGAUGGGGCUGUGACUGAUCUGCACUGUCCAGGUUACAAGUGUGAUAAAACAAUACUACCACAUGAAGUUGCAAGUGUUGUCUCUAAAGAAUUGUACCAGCGCUAUGACAAGCUUCUACUUAAAACUGCAUUUGCUGUGAUGACUGAUGUGAUGAACUGUCCAAGACCAUUUUGCCAGUUUCCUGUUGUGUUGGAAGAAAAUCUUGGUCUAUGUCAAAAGUGCAGGCAUGCUUUUUGUGGUCGAUGUCAAAACACAUAUCAUGGACAAACGCCUUGUAAAUUAAAAUCAGAAAUGUUCGCUAUGCUGUAUGAACAAUAUGAAACUGGCAGUGAGGAUCGUCGACUGGAACUAGAAAAAUGCUAUGGAAAACAAGUAGUUCAGAGAGCUAUUGAAGAGACCAGAUCCAAUCGUUGGCUAGAGUCAAAUAGCAAACAGUGUCCUUGCUGUAGUACAUUCAUACAGAAAAAAGAUGGCUGCAACAAAAUGACUUGUACCAACUGUCGUGCCUUUUUCUGCUGGCUGUGCCAACAAGAGCUGUCAAAGUCUAACCCUUAUGCCCACUAUCAGCAUCCAACAUCUGAGUGUGCAGAUCGACUGUUUGAAGGUGUGGAUCCUAAUGAGGACUUCAUGGAUUUCUUUGAGGAUGAGGCACCAGAAAGCAGCGAAGAGGGUGAAGACGAGGAGGACUUUGACAUUGCUCUGAUCUAAGAUUUGACUUUCUGUCUAGAAAUUCAUUCACCAAUCUUUAAUUUAUACAAAGUUUUAGUUUGUAUCACCCCCUUCCCCCUAAUGUUUUGUCAUUUUGUAAUUACUGUUAAGUAAAUGUUUUUUUUCUGUGGAACCAUGAGAAAGAUACUGAAUUAGGCAAUUGCUUUAUAAGUAACACUUGAUGUUAUUGAACAAAAGUCCUGUCAGUGUGUCACCAAUGAAGUUGUUAUGUGAAUGUUUUGAGGACAUCCCUAGUAAUAAAGUAUUUCUUGCUUAGUGAAAUACUCUUGAAUCUGCUCAGUGACCAUGAUGUGUCUGAAUUCUCUUGGCUUUGUAUAGUGUUCUAAUCUGUGAACUAAAACAGUCAAAUCCAUUCUCUUGGCUAUGUAUAUGAUAGAAGUUCAUUCCAAGCUUUAGGUCUUUGGCUUCAUAUUGUUUUAAACUUAAUAUUUUUUAGCUAAAGUUUCAUCAUAAUUAGUUUUAAAUAAAUAUUUCUGUUGAGGUCCAAAUUUUAUUACUUAUUGUUUAUACCAAAGAGGCAUUUCCAAUGAGAUAAUUUAAUUAUUCAAAAUAUGUUCAUCAUUGUUUCAACUGUAUUGACAAAAAGCUUUUAACCUUUUAUUUAAAUGAAUUAAUGACGUUUCUUAACAUUUGAUACAAAUUAUGUAAAGAUUAAUGUAUGCCCGACAAUUGGUUUUAAAAAAAAAAAGAAGAAACUUACUUGAGCUAUGAAGGUUAGCAUUAAAGUUAUACUAGCUCUAAACCUAGCACUAUGUCUUGUUAGAUAUUUUUAAAAUCAUCUUUUUUUUUUCAUGUUUCUUUCUUAGCAAAACAUUUUUAUCUUUAAUUUAUAAUGUGUACAUUCUCUUUAUUUGAGUUUGAAUAGUUUUGCAAUAUUCAAAUUAACAUUGUUGAAUUGUGGAAUAGGUUUUGAAAUGACAUUCAAGUUUUUUGUGUUUUUUAGGCCUCAAUUUAUGACAUCUUGUAGUAAUUUUUUGUCAGAGUUUGCAGUCAAAGUGAUUUCUCUGCUACACUCUACAUUUUAGUUAGUUGAUGUUUCUUUUACCAUUGUUAUUGUUACUUGUUUGAUUUCAAGUACUUCAGUUUUUGGCCUAUUUCUGCAAAAACAAAAUGAACAUUUCGUUAAGUGAUUCAGCAAGGAUAAAUUAACUUGACUUGUAUAUUAUUUUUUUCUUUUGACAUUUUGAAAGUUGAGCAUUCAUAUUUAUGAGUAGCACUUGGGCAUUAUUUGGUGUGAAAAGUUAGUGUGGAAAAAAAUUAUUCCUGAUUAAAUUAUCUGCAUAAAAACAUAUUCUAUAUUAUAUAUAUCAAGCUUUUAAUUUUUAAAAAUUCAUUUGACGGUCUCAAAAGUUAAUUGAAAUCUCAAGUGAAUAGAAACAGAAAUUAUAUUUCAUCAUUUGAAUAGAUAUAAAUAAUGUCAAUGCAACAGGGUCUGUUUUUCAUGGAAAAGUAAAUAUUUAAAAAUACAGUAAACAUCAUUUUAAUUGAAGGUUAAUAUAACUCGAGUUUAUUUUUAAUGUAUUACUUAGUUAGACAUAAUUAAGAAGAUGUUUAGAAAUCCAAAGUACAUUUUUUUUACAUCGACUGUGAUAAUUUUCAGUUUCAAAAUUUUCUAUCAAAUUUGGGUUUUGUUAUACUGUGCUGGACUUCUAGUUAAUUAUAAGAUUGUUAGUAAACAAAAGCAAAGAAUGAAAUCUGGAGAAAUUAAUUGAAUCAUGAUCUAUCUCAUGCUUCUAGUCUUAACUCAAAGGUAAAUUAUUAUUAAGUUUGCUUUGCUUUGAUGAUGAAGGUCUUAUUAUGUGUGUUUUACUGAGGAAUUUGUUUGCAAAAAUGAUUCUUCCAGAGAUGGCCAAGCUGUAUGUUUCAUUGUGUGAUAAGGUCAGAGGCAAUGUCUUUCUACCCUGGCCAGUUAUGGCACACUAUUAAUUCAUAUCAAUAAUAAGCUAGCUGUUUUUGAAGUAACAUAAAAAGUAGGACCUUUGAAUUAAAAAAUUAAGAUUUCAUUAAAAGCACUUUGAGGGUUUAAUAAUAAAAAAAAAAAAAUAGCUGUACAUCUCCCUUGAUUCUGUAGUUAAGAGGUCAGAGGAUUCAUGUGGUCAGCACCUUAACCUCCCUAAUAAAUAUCAAAUACCCAUUAAUCUGUUUAAGUUUUUAACCUCCUAGCUACUCCAAGAUGUAUAUAGAAAUAUUUUAAUUUUUUUUUGCUGUACUGGUAUUUUAAAAACGAAAUCUUGGAUUUUUGUUACAAAUUUUUAUUUAUUUUCUUGUAUGUGAACUUAAAGAUAUCAAAUAUUAUUGUUUACUUUUCUCAACAGUUAAAGUUAUACAAAACAACCGUCCUGUCUAUUUAUAUUUACAUUUUACUUUUGGCUGGACAUCCAAAUGUCUUUAUCCUUAUUGGACAGUAAACUAAGUAUCUAAACCUUUGGUCUUAGUUGUCUAGCUCAGUCUAAGAGCUAGUGGAUCUACAGAUACUCAUGUUGGUUUCUUGCUAUCUACUUGGCUGCUAUGUUCUAGUUGUUUAAACCACAUAAUUAUUUAAUGCAGUUAGUUUUUCAACCACAUUAACUGUAUAUUCUAUAUCAGUGAAUGAAGUAUUAUUCUGAUCUUGGAAUACCUUAGUGAUGCCCUUUAAGACUGCCUGAUCAUGUGAAUGCGCUCUCGACUAUCAUCUUAAUUGUCCCUGGAUUCGAUCCUUACCCUCUGUUUCCUGCUGGUGGUUUAGGCUAGGAUGUAACAAUCUUCAGUUCUGAAGGAACAUCCGAAACAUGUCAAACAAACAGACUGCUUGUUAUCUAUUUCAAUGAAUCUUGUUAACCUAUUUUCAUUUGAUCACUGUUUCUUACAAAACCACAAAACUCAGGAAUGCUCACACUAUCUAUAGUGUAACCUAACACAGAAUAUAUAUCACACAGAUAUCCUUAUACCAGUUUGUUAUUUCCUGCCAAUGCAAAGGUUUGGUCCACUGAAGGCUCAAGUGUCUCAUCCAUCAAAUAAUUUUUUUUGGUCAGAAUUUGCAAUUGGCUGCACUCUAGAUUUGUGUUGGUGUUUCUUUUACCAUUGUUCUAAUUACUUGUUUGAUUUCAGAUACUUAUGUUUUGGCAUUAUUGACCUAUAGAUUAUAUUUUUGCUGUACUCCCUCUGGUUGAAUGUUUUAAAAAGCUAAUAGUUUAUGAAAGGCAUUUUGGUUAUGAAGGAGAGCAUACAGAAUUGAAAUAAUUGGUUUCAGUGAUCCAUUGAUGGUUUUUGAAAAUGUACUGAAAGAAUUAAAAUAUGUGUGACUGCUGUUAGUUACAACCUGUAAAUGUCUUGUUUGAAUUUCUUGUCUUUAUAGACGGAGUAUUCGAAUACAUAGGAUGUGUGUGUCCUUGAUUAUGUUGAGUGGUCAUCUAGAUAGUUAAGUAUAGAACUGAUGUGUUUGGUUUGUAAUUUCAGUUUUGUUGCCUUAUUCAAGAUCACAAAUAAAUAAAUCCCAACAGUU